ACUCUUUUGCUUAAGGGAACGAGUUGACAAUAUCCAUUAGGCUUAGGUGAAAGUUUUUAAAGGUGUUUGUUAACUUUUAAAUUGAGUAGCUGUAGUUAAGAGUUCAAUUAGAGUAUGAAAAUUGGUCAUAACGAAUUUUUAUAAAAUUUUACAAGUAACUCAACAGAAUCCUUCAAGAAUUUACUUCCUUUUAGGUAAAUAAGUUUUUUGUUAUUGACGUUUUUUUUUGUAAAUAGUCGCCUCAGUUAGCAUACGGAUACUAUUGUAUCAUUCCUAUUUUUUUUAUAUCACUCUCUAAAUGAAAUAAAUGAUGGCUUCUAUAUUUUAAAAAGCAAUAUAAAAACCUUUGCAAGCAUCAAUUUCUUUCGUCAAACAAUAUAUUUAUCAAAAAUUACUACUUUACCAUACACAUAAUUUUGUUUUGUUAAUUCUAUCUGUUAUUUAGAGGCACCAAUGACUGCUUAGCAGACCCUUGAAGAAUGUUCGAAACAAACUAUAGUUUUGAAAUCACAUCGAAUUUCUAAUACGGAUAAAUUAUAAAAUAUUAUCUUCUUGAACAAACACUUUAAAGUUACCUUUUUAUAUUAUUACAAGCUAUUAAAUUAAAUUAUGAUAUAAAGCAUUUAGACAGAGAGUAACAUAAAUAAUAUAUUUUGUAUGGAAGUUAUUUUUAUUAACCGAUGAAGAUAUUAACCAAUUUACUUGUACGUUUAAAAUAAAUAAUUUAACUAAUUGAUAAAUUAAAUGAAAUUGUUAGUCUACAAAACUAACUACUAGAAAAUAUGAAAAUACUAAAUAUUCUUCUAAUAUCGCCCUUAUGUUUUCUUUUUCAGGUAGGCAGCCAUCUGAUAUAUAGUUUGAUAUGAAAGACGAAAAAUUAGUUUUUGGCGAUGAGCUUCGCUUUAAACAGAACAUUUUAAAUUAUAUUUCUAACUAUGUUUUAAAACUUAAAAUGGAAGAAGGGUCUUUUGAUAUCUAUUUUACAGUAUACAUGGAUUUUGGAUAUACUUAUAGAAUGUAUAAAUUGUAUUACCCGGGUAGUUGCCUUGAUAGUGCAGCUGGCGAAGAAUUUAAUAAAGUAAAGUUUAGAGCUACUUUGAAGAAGGCUCUUCUCUACACAAGAGAUUAUGUUUUAAAUAAAAGGCAUCCAUUGGUAUCUAUUAACGGCUUUGUGGAGUUGUCACUUACCAGUGGUAACAUUCGAUGCGAAGCAUAUACUUUAGAUAUAACGGAGGAACAUCGGAAAUUAAAUAGACCGAUAUUCAGUCCAAAUUUAAUUACAAUUGAACCUAUUAGUGAAGGAAGUAGUUCUCAAGAGACUACAAGCAGAGGAUUAGCAAGUAACGGAAAAAAAGUUAUUCGACCAAAUAGUUCGGGUGUACUAUUAGAAACAUUUGAAGGAACUUCACCAAGUCCUGAAACUGUCAACGGAGGUGAGGAAGUAAUAGUUAUACCGAAGGAAAUACCUAAGGCAGCGAGUUCGGAACAACGACCAUUAAACCCACCAAUUGCAACGGCAAACCGUAAAGGUUCUACUAUAGUUAUAGCUUUGCCUACUGAUUACAAUGCUUUUGAUAAUGGAAAGCAGAAUAGAAUAACAAACGUUCCACAUGUUCGGACAAAUAAGAAAUCGAAUGACAAGAACAUAAUUCCAAUUCCAAAGAAAAAAAAUGAUACAUCACCUAAGCCAUCAAGUCCUCAAGUAAUUAUUAACACGAAUAUAUCAAAAGAUAAUUAUUCAUACUUCCGUAAAAUACCGGGUACUUCAAUUAUUGCUAGGAAAAUACCCAAGUCAUCACUAAAAGCUCCUGUUACAGAAUUUCGAAUAACUGAAAAAACUAAAAAUAAAACAACUGUAGAUAAAGAAGCACAAAUUCGAACAAAAAAGUCAAGUACAGUUAUCGAUUUUAUUCAUGAUCCUAGAAUACUUUCCUCUGGCAGUAAUAGUAAUACUGAGGAUGAAAACAAUAGCAGCAAUAAUGUAGCAGUUGACGAAUCAGAUAAUGAAACAGUUGUUACAAGAAUUUCUGUACAAGAUAAGGACAAAUCCAGUAAAGCUACAAACUCUGACAACGAAUUAUCGAACAGUAAUAGCAAAACACCUUUUAUAAGAGUUGAUCUUGGAAAACUGAAAAAUUUCGGAACAACAGAUAAAUCUACUGUAAAAACCACCACUAAAACUACAACAACAACAACAACUACUACUACAACCAAGAAAAAAGUUAGCUCAGCUUUAACUAAAUCCUUAAAUUCAAAUGCUGAUCAUGCGCAAAACUCUGAGUUAGAUACCACUGCUAUUCUCUACAUUGAGGAUCUUGAAGAUGGCGAUGAAACGGAGAGUAAUAAUUUAUCGCUAACUGUCAAAACUAAGAACUUUAAAGUAACACCCUUUACAUGUCCAUAUCCUAUUUGCAAUAAGGUAUUUUUUCUCAGAAGAUCUCGAGCAGACCAUGUAAAAAAAGUACACAAAAAGGAUAUCAUUAACUGCACAUUUUGUAGCAGUGUGUUCUGCUGGCAAACGGAUUAUGGUAUUCAUUUCCUGGAGGAACAUAAAAAUGAAGUUGCUCUUGUCGAAAAAGGAUGCUGUUGUGGACGAUAUUUUAAUGGAAAGAUUCUUUUAAGAGAUCAUCUGUGGAAAACACAUUAUGCUAAAGGUUAUAAAUGCAGCAUUUGCUCACAAAAAUUUCAACAAACUGAAAUAGAGCCCUUAAGGCAUCACCUUAUGAGACAUACGAACUAUAUGUGUGCCCUUUGCGGGCAAGAGGAAUCGAAUCCGAAAGAAUAUAUUAAACAUUUCAAAAAUGGUCAUCCAGGUAAAACAAUUCUUUAUUCCUGUUUCUUAUGUAGUGCACUUCUUGAGGAAGCCGCUCUUGAACUACAUUAUAUGACAAAACACUGUACGAAGUCAAUAGAUAUACCUAAAGCGUUAGAUACGUCUGGAUCUGCAUCAGAUAUUAUAAGUGACAAAUUAAGAAAGUGGUACAACUUAAAAGAUUGCUCAAUUGAUGUUCGACCAGUGGACAAACCCAAAAUUAUUCAAGCGACAUAUUCAUCGAAUAGAGAGAUAAAUCUCGAAUCGAACGAAUUAUUUUCUAGUAAUAUGCAAAGGAAUAAUCACUGCUCCUGCCAAUGUACUGAUGAAUGCUCCAAUUUAGAAUCAAUGUCUUUUUAUCAACAUAUUCUUGAUACAAAACUACGAGAGAAGACUUGUCAGCUGUGUCAAAAGAGCGAAGAAGCUGUUAAACCACGAGCCCUAGUGCCAUUAGAACCAAAGAAGUUUGCUUGUCUUAUUUGCGGCGAUAAAAUUGAUAACGUUGGUCGUCAUUUUUUUGAAAAACAUUUCAAAGACGGAGUAACAUGUCCAGUAUGCAAUGCUGAAGUUUUAGAAACUUUCUCAUUGUUCGUGUCUCAUUUAAGAACAGCACAUCAGCCGACAAAAGUGAAAGAUUAUUGCCCUUUUUGCUGUUGUUCCAUAUCAAAUAACGAACACUUUAAACUAUUCCAUAGUGAUAGACGAAAUAUUGGAUUCUACAAAUGUGUCAUGUGUAAGGAGUACAUAGAGUCUUAUUACAUGGGUUAUCACUAUCUUCAGCACCACUGUAAAGUUAAAAAGACUACUCCACCGGAAAAACAGUCAAUUUCUAAAGAAGUAAACGCUUUACCAACUUAUAGAAAUGACCAAUCGGUUGCGGAUGAUAGUUGUUUUAACAAUAUAGAAAUUGAAGAACUCGACGAAAGUUCUAGAAAACGUGUUGAUGAGGAAUCUUCUACGAAUGGCACAGGUGAAAAUUCGAAGAACUUGAGUGAUCAGCACAGAGUGAAUACUGGAAUUAGUCCAGCUAUAAAAAGUAAACACAAUGAAUCUAUUUCAAAAAGGUUAAGGCCUAAAGCAUCUGUAAAGAGAAGGCACGAUGGAAAAAUAAUAGGACCAAAAAGUGCUAAACAACGGAAAAUAUUAAUUGGAGAGCGUAAAGAUUAA